AAAAAAAGCCAGGUAAACAACGCCGCGCUGAGUGGAGACGGUUGCCGGGUAACGGCAGGGACAACAGUAAUGAGAGCAGUGUGCCUAUAGGGAGACACUGACUUCCAUUCCCGGGUUUCAUACAUAACGCAGCGAGCGGGGCCGGGACGCACGGGCAUUCCUCUGCUUACACAGCUUCCCAACAUGAAGGACAUUCCUGAUGAGAACGUUUAUAACCUCAUUCCCAAGGAAGAGGUGACAGUGGCCAAGGCGUCCAGAUAUAUGUCACAAUUCAGGGAGUCUGUGAAAAUUGAGGAGCACAAGAAUAAAGCUGCCCACAAAACCAUGGGCACAGCCAAAGCAGAGGUGCCCUCACCAAAGGAAUACCUUCAGAAACACACCAAGGAAGCAAUGCUGGCACAAAAAAGUGCAUUUUUUGACUCCACAGGGAGACCCCACAGGUGCUUGGCGGAAGAUAAGAAACGCCCCCCAGUACCACUCCGAACAGAGCAGCCAAUCAUGGGAGUGCAGACUAACAAAAGCUUCAUCACAACCAAUGUGGCUGAGGCUGUUAUGGCUGUGCCUAAGAAGCCACAGCCCAUCUAUGUGGACAACAAAAAGGGAGACAAACAUCUGCUGGAAACAUCUGGACUUGUUCCUAAGUACAUCAAGAGGAAGGAUUAUGGUUCCACUCCAGAGUACCUAGUAAAGAGAAAUGAAGAAGUAAGGAAAGCGCAAGAGGAAUAUGAUGCUUACAUAAAACAACGUCUUAAGAUGGGCGCCAUGAAGCAGCUUUCUGAGGAGGAGAGGCAGAGUAUGCUGGAGGGGCUGAAGAAAAACUGGGACGAGCUACACCAUGAAUAUCAACGCUUGUCGGUUGUGAUUGAUACGCCUCCAAAGAAGGCACACAAAGAGAGACUGGAGGCAGAGAUGAGACAACUGGAGAGGGAUAUUGAUGUUUUUGAAAGACACAAGAUCGUCUAUAUUGCAAAUAACUAGGCAGCACUUUGAUUCACUGUGUGCUUACACCAGAAGGAGAGGACCAGUUUCCAUAGCAGAAAAUAGUAAAUUAUAGAUCACUUGUAAAGAUA